AUGGCCCCUCCAGGAUUCGGGCCGCCUGGGUACUCUGUCCCGCAGCAUCGCGAACCGCCCCCGGAAGGGUCCGAUACCAACACUCGGCCUUAUGUCAUCUUCUUCUCCUAUCUGUUGAUAUGUUUCUCCGUCGCCGUUUUCAUCAUCUUGAGGCUCGUCAAAAGAGCUAGCGUGUUGCGGAAGUCAACCACCGCACAGCUUCCACCAACAAGACAUGUCUGGCUAUUUACUACACUUGCUGUGGGUAGCUUACUCACAAAAUGGAUGCACAUGUUCCAGUACUUCAAGGUCAGCUAUCAAUCGUGGCUAAUGUGGCGUAGCUACUACGAGCUUGAGCCUCAUCAGAACCACUGGGGGUUGUGGUUGAAAGAGACUUCUUUGUUUCGAGAGGCAUGGGGAACUGUCAUAAUCGGAUAUGCGAGAUACUGGUGGUCACACCAAAUCUUCUUCUUCGCAUUGGGUUUGGGGUUAUAUCUGGAGCAGAAAGGUAUUCGUCGCGGUAUCCAAUAUACCUGGGCAUUCAUGCUGCUUGGCCAGAUUGUGGCCAUCAGCUUUGCUACGAACCUCUUCAUGCUCACCUUACUUCUGAGCCCGCCAGCACCACCUCAAUCAUCUGGUUCACGUCGGCAGAUGUGGCUAUGUCCAUGGCUUCUGAACCUCUUCGCGAUCUUCGCAACUGCCUAUCCCGCGAUGCAACUGGCAGAUGAACACUACUGGCAUCACGCUACGCACUUCAUGCCGGUGCUUAUGGCUCCACACAUCGCUUUGAUGCUCUUGCCCAUUGCACGCACUGUUGUACCAACCGCAUACUUCAUCGAGGAUAUCCAAUUCACCGACAAAGUUUACAGCUACAUGUGGGCACUGGUCCUAGGGAAUGCCGCGCUGAUGCUGGUUUGGACCACCGCAACAGCAUAUGCCUAUAGUGGCUUUGUGGGAAUCCAAAGUGCUCUGCUAGAACACCCAGCGGUGAGCAGCGUGGGAUUCGAUGUCAUCUUCUGCUGGAUCACAUGGGCAUGUUGGUACUGGACGCAAUCAAAACCUGUUCAUGAUGGUGUAUCGCAGGACUCGGCCGAGAGGAGGAGCGCACAUGCUGACGACGAGCCGGACACUGCGCUGGGUGCCAGUGGAUAUGAUCGCGGAGCAAGACAUCUCUAG